CUUCGGCCCAGUUGUUUUUAUGUCUGUCCGCUACCAUUUAUUUGAAUGUGAUUUCUAUCUUGGUUGUUGCUCUGUGAGCUAGCUGUUGCUGCAGGAGUCAGUGGGGCUUUUAGGCAGUACAGAAGAGUCAGAGCACAGGAAUGACAUCAGCCAGCAGUAUGGACUGAAACCCGAUGCAGAUCUGUCUUUCAUAUCUGAUUACGUAGACAAUUAAUCAUCCGAAGCUGCAAGACACAAGAGGAGGGCAGGCAAAAGAAAAAUUGCCCACGGAUUUGAGGAUAUGAGCUGAGCUUCAUUUUAAUGGAAAGAGAAGACCAUAAGUCCCAGAGAGUUUUAGGUCCACCUGCCAUCACUGCUGCACAGAGGCAUCUGAGAAAGUCACUGGUUAACAUUGCUUUGUGGAAUUCAGAAAGACAAAGAUGAACUUCUACUCUUUCUGGGCAUCUGUUCCCUUGAUUUUCACAGCACUGUUGCUUUCUGAAGGACGGAGAAGUGGAAACCGAACAGCAGGUUCAAGACCAAGUUUACUCCAGCUUUCGAACUAUCUCAUGACCAACUAUUCCAAGGGAGUCCGCCCUGUACGAGAUUGGAGGAAAACAACGACAGUGGCCAUUGACGUCAUGGUUUAUGCGAUCCUGAAUGUGGAUGAGAAAAAUCAAGUUCUAACCACUUAUAUCUGGUACCGACAGAUUUGGACAGAUGAAUUCUUGAUGUGGAAUCCCAAGGACUUUGAUGACAUCAAACAGAUAUCAAUUCCCACCGCAAACGUAUGGAUGCCAGACAUUUUAAUAAAUGAAUUUGUUGAUGUAGGUAAAUCACCGGAUAUCCCGUACGUCUACGUUGACCACGAAGGGCGAGUGAAAAACUACAAACCCAUCCAAGUAGUUACCGCCUGCAGCCUGGAUAUCUACAACUUCCCGUUUGAUGUCCAGAACUGCACAUUCACGUUCACAAGUUGGCUACACAACAUCCAAGAUAUUAAUAUCUCCCUGUGGCGAUCUGCUGAACUUGUGAAAUACGACAGAAGUGUUUUCAUGAAUCAAGGUGAAUGGGAGCUUCUUUAUGUCGACACCCAGUUCAAUGAGUUUAACCUUGAACGAGGAUUGUCUGUGGGCUAUGCAGAAAUGCGCUUUUUUCUCGUCAUUCGAAGACGUCCUUUGUUCUAUGCGGUUAGUUUGCUGUUACCCAGUAUCUUCCUUAUGGUCAUGGACAUCAUUGGGUUUUAUUUGCCUCCGGACAGUGGGGAGAGAGUGUCAUUUAAAAUUACUCUUCUUCUGGGGUAUUCUGUUUUCCUUAUCAUCGUGUCUGACACUCUUCCGGCCACAGCUAUCGGCACUCCACUGAUAGGUGUAUACUUUGUGGUUUGCAUGGCUCUGCUGGUGAUCAGCCUGACUGAGACCAUUCUCAUUGUGCGACUGGUCCACAAGCAGGACCUCCAGCCACACGUGCCAGAGUGGGUGAAGAGUCUGAUUCUGGACAAAGCCACGGUCUUGCUCUGUCUCCGCAACAAGACUCAGUUCCACUCCAUGCAUCGCCACAGUGGAACACCAGAUAAUGCCAGGGACAGAAAGGGCAGCACGGUGCAGCUGAAUCACUUUGCCUGUGAGAAUGGGACAGACUGCGAGAAACCAAUUAGCUCCAGCUUACCUCAGGCAGACUCACUCCUCACUGUGGACAACAUCCUGCACGAGAUCUCAGCAAUUCGCCAAUUCCUAGAGAAGAGGGAUGAGUGCAGAGAUAUCGCCAAGGAAUGGCUGCAGAUUGGGUAUGUUUUGGACGUACUCCUUUUCCGUGUAUACCUAGUGGCUGUCCUGGCCUAUGGGAUCAGCCUGGGUACUCUGUGGUCCAUUUGGCAGUACUCUUAAGUCAA